AUGGUCCUCAACAUCCCCCUAAUUCAGCAGGCUGGUGUCGUUACUGGCAAGAACCUUCGUGCCCUCAUGGCCGAUGCCAAGAAGAACAAGUCGACAUUGAGCGCAGUCGGCCAGACAGUCCGCUGUGUUUGCACACAAACUGCAGUCCGCUCAGAUCUUCCUACUCCUAGACCGCCAUCAGCACUCGCAGCCCCCUCAGCCCUCCACCGAGCUAUGAGCUGGCUGGAGUGGGGAGCGGAUAGCGGUGUGCGAUGCCGCUCGCAGGAGCGGAGUCGAGAUAGGAUGUUCCCUGCAUCUUCCCAAGCAGGCAGCACUUGCAGUGAAACCACAGCCAAUGCUAACGCCCCCAGUACGCCAUCCCUGUAUGCCAUCAACGUUACUUCGUCUUCCACCGUCAACGCCGCCCUUGAGGGUGCCCGUGACAACAAGGCCCCCAUCAUCCUCCAGCUCUCGCAGGGAGGUUCCGCCUUCUUCGGCGGCAAGGGCCUUGACAACGCCGACCAGAAGGCCUCGAUUGCCGGUGCCAUCGCUGCCGCUCACUACAUCCGCGCCAUCGCCCCCGCCUACGGCAUCCCCGUCGUCCUCCACACCGACCACUGCGCCAAGAAGCUCCUCCCCUGGUUCGACGGCAUGCUCGCCGAGGACGAGAAGUACUUCAAGGAGCACGGCGAGCCCCUCUUCUCCUCGCACAUGCUUGACCUCUCCGAGGAGUCCAAGGAGGACAACAUUGCCCUCUGCGUCAAGUACUUCGAGCGCAUGGCCAAGAUCGACCAGUGGCUCGAGAUGGAGAUCGGUAUCACCGGUGGUGAGGAGGACGGUGUUGACAACACCGGUGUCGACAACGCCUCGCUCUACACCCAGCCCGAGGACGUCUUUGACGUCUACAAGGCCCUGAACGCCAUCUCCCCCGACUUCUCCAUCGCCGCCGCCUUCGGCAACGUCCACGGUGUCUACAAGGUCGGCAACGUCGUCCUCUCGCCCCAGCUCCUCGAGAAGCACCAGCGCUACGCUGAGCAGCAGCUCGGCGAGCCCGAGGGCUCCAAGCCCAUCUACCUCGUCUUCCACGGUGGCUCUGGCUCCACCAAGGACGAGAUCGCCACCGCCGUCAAGAACGGUGUUGUCAAGAUGAACGUCGACACCGACACCCAGUGGGCCUACCUCCAGGGCAUCCGUGACUUCAUCCUCAAGAAGCAGGACUACCUCAAGACCCAGGUCGGCAACCCCGAGGGCGAGAGCAAGCCCAACAAGAAGUACUACGACCCCCGUGUCUGGGUUCGUGAGGGUGAGAAGACCAUGGCCCACCGUGUCGCCGAGGCGUGCACCGACCUUGGUGACAUCAACCGCCUCUAA